UUGUGUUUGACUGAUGCGACAGCUUCAACCAAGGAAGUGAGAUUCAGAGACAAAAAAGUGCGCAAAAAGAGUCAACAAAAAGCUUUUGAUUUUUUUUAAUAAUUAAUUCUAAAGCUACUUUUUAGGAAUAUACUUUUUUUUAUCUCAACUAAAGUGUGUGAUAGGAGGAGGCGGAUUUUUCCUGUGACUUGUGUGGUGGAUCACAUUUCACAUCUGCACCAGGCAGAUGUUGCGCCUUUUUGGAGCUCGUUUCCGCGCUGUCAGUGUUUCCGUUUCCACCUCUGAGCCCAGAUCGCGCCUCCACUCUCUCUUUUUUUGUCUUUUUCCGCUUUAUGGUGGCUUGCUUUGCACUCGAUCAGGUCGUUUUUGCGCGUCGGGGGUUUGAGGGGAAGUGGAUCUUUCAACAAUGGGGGACAUCGAGGAUCCGGACUCGAGCGGGGCGCGCCAGCCCGUCCUGCUCUCUGUUCUCCCCAGCAAAGAGUUCGCCACCUCCAGGAAAGGAAUGCUGCUGAUCGCUGAAGUGGGUCUUUCCUUCAUAUCGUUUUUGUGUUUUGCGGCCUCUGCGGCAGCAGCGUUUGUGACCGUCCCCCUGCUGGAGUUCCUGGGCGCUAUCUUCUUGUUGUUUGCUUACUCUACAAAAUUCAACGAGAGGUUUAAAGGCUACUGCUGGCCACUUAUGGAUUUUGUGAGAUGCGUAACUGCCUCCAUAAUCUAUUUCAUCAUCUCUAUUAUGGCGGUGUCCAAAUAUGAUGAUGGCUCCUCUAAAGCUGCUGGGGUCUUUGGGUUUGUUGCCACUAUUGUUUUUGCUUUAGAUUUUUAUUUCAUUUUUAAUGAGUUGGCCAGUUUCCUGAAACAAGGAGGCGAAUCCAGUGAGGAACCACCAGCACGUGAAGACAAUUUCUCAGACUCCGACUCGGACUGAAACCUCAGAGACCUUCACCAGACGACAUGUUUUAUUGAAACCUGACUACAGUGAUGACUGCAGAGCUGUCAAGAUCUGCAGGUGUUUCAUUAUUUCAGAACUCCACAUUAAUGGAGAAUAUGACUAAAUUUAGGGUGGCAUCAGCCGUUUCUCAGUUCCAUGCUGUAGACGUCGGCUCUACAAAAAUAUGAAAAAAACUGUGUUUGUUUUGUUUCACACAACAUUGACAAAAUUCAUGUUCAACAUGGGAUUAAACCAUAAUGAAAACCAUUUUCUGAAAAUAUUACCUUGACUUUGUUACAUUUUUUCUUGUGAUUUCCAAACUUUUUCAAGCCCAAGUUGAUUCUCUGUUGUAUCGUAUUUGUGUUUUGGUUAAUGGAAGUUUUAUUUGACUAACUUUCUAAUAUUUUUGUCAUGCUGUGAAGGCUCCUUAAACCUUGUUGUAGGUAAAUUGAAGCAGAACACUAAAUUAUUUUAGACAUUUUACUUAUUUAGGAACUCUAAACCAACAGUUAAAUAUAUUUGAGUAACAUCACAUUAAAAUCUGAAAUGGGAAAACCCCGAUGGGUUACCAUUAAUGUUCCUGUUAUGUUUAAUGUGUUUAGGACAUGUUGGUUGGCUGGUCACAACCUCUAGUUUUGAAACUAGACAUUUUUGAAAGGACUUAUAAUGUACCAGCAACAUUUUAUGAAUUCCAACCUAAUGUAUUUUAAAAUCUGAAAGUUUUAUGGAAAGUUUCCAAUGAUUCCUUAAAACCAUUUUUUUUUGAGUCAUCGGAAAGAUUGUUAUUUUUUUAGAAGUGGUAGUUUAUGUCAGAUCCUGUCAGUACUUUGUGAUUUUUCUAAUUCCUCGUUUAAAUGCAGUAUUUGAAUGCUACUAUAACAGAAAAUAUUAGAUAAAAACAUUGGAAUUGUCCGUGCUUUUGAUUAGUUCCCCUUACAGAAAAUAUUCUUUUCAAAGCUAGUUUUAAUCACUUUUAUUUAAAAUGCAUGAAAACAGGAUCCAGAGCCACAUUGAUGUAGAAUAGCAGGACUAAUGUAAGAUUACCUCUCAGUGAAAAUUGAUGCGUUUUUUUAAACAUGAAUGAGAAACCUGAAUUUAUCUGUGAAAUUCAACACUUCUGUUCUGUGUACAAGCCUUUGAACCAUUGUUUGUGCCCUUUACUUUUUGUGCGAAAAUGUUUGAAUAAAAACAUUUUAUUUCUCAAA